AUGCCUGUCAGCGCCAUCGACUCUUUUCUCUUCAAGAACCUCUUCGGCACCCAGCCCAUCCGCAAGGUCUUUGAAGAUAAAACAUAUGUUGAUUAUUAUUGCAUGAAAGUCGAAGUCGGGCUGGCUCUCGCUCAAGCAUCCUGUGGCAUAAUCCCCAAGGCGUCAGCGAAUGAGAUAGCGGAUGUAGCCACUCGAUUGUCCUUGGACUACGACAGACUAUCCGAAGAGACUGAGAUUGUUGGCUACCCUAUCCUUCCCCUAGUCCGGCAACUAUCAGAAGGCUGCGGUGAAGAUGCCGGCCGAUACGUCCAUUGGGGCGCGACAACGCAAGACAUCCAGGACACCGCCGCGAUUCUACAGAUGAAAGACGGACUGAACAUGGUCGAGGCGAAGUUGAAGAGCCUUACGGCUACGCUAUCUGCGCUGGCAUCGAAAUAUAGGGACACGCCUAUGGCUGGUCGGACCCAUCUUCAGCAUGCUUUGCCGGUGACUUGGGGCUAUAAGUGUGCGGUCUACCUGUCGAGCUUUCAACGGCACCUGGAACGGCUUCAACAACUUCGGCCUCGUUGCUUACUGGUGCAAUUCGGCGGAGCAGCUGGGACGCUCGCCUCGUUAGGCUCCGAUGCAGAGACAAGUCUACAAGUCCGCAGGACAUUGGCCAAACAGCUAGACCUCGAAGAUCCUUCCAUCACCUGGCACACGGCUCGAGAUGGCGUAGCCGAAAUCGUCAACUUCCUCGCCCUCGUCGGCGGUAUAUUGGGAAAACUGGCAACCGAUCUGAUCGUAAUGUCCUCGAACGAGUUCAGCGAAGUCAGCGAGCCCUUCGUACCACACCGCGGCGCGAGUUCAACUAUGCCACAGAAACGAAACCCCGUCUCGAGUGAAGUUGUCCUCGCAGCCUCGAAGAUCCUCCGUUCGAACGCAGGUCUAUGUCUCGACGCCAUGAUCACAGACUUCGAACGGGCAAGCGGUCCCUGGCAUCUUGAAUGGGCCGCCGUGCCUGAGUCCUUCGUCAUCGCGGUGGGAGCGCUCUCACAAGCCGAUUUUGCCAUGGCCGGGCUCGUCGUCAACACAGACCAGAUGAACCGUAAUCUCAACUCGGCCAAAGGUCUUAUCGUUGCGGAAGCGGUGAUGAUGGAGCUUGCCAAGACAUUGGGACGACAGAAAGCUCAUGAUAUCGUGUAUGAGGCCUGUAAAGAGACUAUUGAGAGUAUGAAUGCUAGUCAGAGGCUGUUUGACACGUUGAUGAAGAAGGAGGUGGUCAUGAAUGCUUUGACAGCGGAACGGCUGGCAGAGCUGUGCAUGCCGGCUAAUUGUCUUGGUGCUGCGAGUACGAUGGUGGACAACGUGUUGGGGUUGAAUGCUGGAUUGGGGGUGCUUUAG